GCUCAGAGAAGCUGCGAUGUAACUAAGCCAAGAUGUUAUUUAAUUUUACUUGGUCACAUCAAAGAAAGUAAAAUGAAGAUUAAUAUUUCAUAAGGUUGAAGAGGAAAAGACCUUUUUUUUUUUAGUAAACUUGUGAUUAUAUGCUCCAAGCAGCGUUCAACAGAAAACUGGGAUUUUGUUUUUUUUAUUUUUAAGGAAGGAGAAUAGAAGCAGCACAAAAGCAUAAGUUCUGCAAAAGGCAAAAGCCUCUCAUACUCCUUAAGAAAGUCAGUGUCAGCAUCUGGCUGAUCAAGUAAGAAUGUAGGACCAUCCCACUCCCAGGCACACAGGCACACAGCUCCAUGUACAUUCUGCAAGCUUCCAGGAGCCAGGGAGCCACACGCAGCACAAAGGUUCAACAUUCCAUGUCUCAUGAAACCCUGGAUGAGUCUUUCCACAUAAAUCCUUUAGAACAUUUUUAAAUAUGGAGAGAACCAAUGGGGAAGACAUUUUAUCCAAAACAGAAAAGAAGGAGAAACGCAUGUCAUACUCUGUGGAGACACCUUAUGGUUUUCACCUGGACCUUGACUUUCUUAAAUAUGUGCAUGACAUUGAAAAAGGAAACACCAUUAAAAGGAUACAUAUCCACAGAAGGGCAAAACAAUCAAAGUUCAGCACUUUGCCACGAAAUUUUAGUGUACCAGACAAUGGGUCACAGUCCUACAUCUCCUCCUCUAGCAGAACAUGGAGUCCAACAAGUUUCAAAUCCGAUGCCCAAGGCAAUAUUGCACCUGCAAGCGAUUCAUCUUUGCGCUUAAGAUAUAUUCAUGAUUUAAACUAUAGAAAGAAGGAAAAUGUAUGUGAUACCCAGAAACAUAUUGGUGAUAUAGUUUCCGAAGAUAUCAAUAGAUGUGCAGAUAGGCCACAGUUUGUGAGGGCCUCUAGUAUGCCAGCAGCCCUUCCACAAAGCACAGGGCACUAUGAGCAGAACAAAUAUCUCAAAUUUCCACAAUCAGUAAACAGCUACAGUGAAAGCACAACACAGUGUUUGGAAGGCUCACAUCAUAAAGGUUCUGAAGACCAAACCGCAGUAGCACUCAAAAGAAUAAAGGAUCUUGAGGAACAAUUACAAACUGUUACUGAACAUAAAAAGACCAUCUCAGAACUUGAAGGGGAAAACAGCAAGUUGAACGCACAAUUAAAAUCAAUUUCAGAACUGCUAACUAGUAACAGAAUGGAAAAUGAGAAUGUUGACCUUAAUAUUUCAGAAAGUGAGGCUCAACCCGAAGCUAUAACUGGAAAUGGAGGGAAUGAUGGUGAUUUGGGCUGUACCAGUGUAAGUCAUUCAAUAUUUUUGGCAAUUAAACAGCAAAUUACAGAGUUCAUAGAACACUUUGAUGACAGUACCAGAGAUUGCCACAACCUUCGAGAAAUACUGGAGAGACAGAAGGAAGAAAUGAAUGCAAAAGAUUUACACAUUAUUGAACUGAAAAACACAAUUGACACUUUAGAAGAAAUGAUCCGUACAAGACAAAAGGACGAUGUUGAGUACAAAGAUAUUGCAGUAAACACAGAGCAACCACCAAAGGAUGAACAAAAAGGCAACAGUUUCUCUGACAAUAUUUCAUUUGUUACUCAGUCAGUGGAAAGUGAUAACAUGACAACUAAUCUCAAGCAGACAUCAUUUGAGAGAAAUGAAUUGUGCCUGCUGAUAGACUCAGAUCAUCCUGCUGUCAUAGCAGGUCCUGAAGCACAAUCUCAUAUUACUUCAAACAUAGAUACAGAGCAACGUUUGGACAACAGUGACAUGAACAUAACGGAAGCCAUGCCAAGCUGUAUUACUGUUGAGACUGAACAUUUGGAUGCACAUAUAUCACAAAGUCACAAUCUUAACAAUCCAGAAUCAGUUGUUUGCAUCACAGAAGACCAAACACCAACAGAUGCCUCUGUAGGACAAUAUGUCAAAAGAAUUCAGGAUCUUUUGCAGGAACAAUGGACAUGUUUAGAACAUGGAUAUCCAGAUCUAGCGAAUGCUAUUAGACAGCCUGCCUCCAAACUGAGCUCCAUUCAGGGUCAGCUAGUGAAUUCCCUCAAUCUAUUAUCAUCUGCUUAUUCAGCUCAAGCAGCACCAGCGAAAGGUCAUUCUAAGAUGAAGAACCAACACAGAGCAGAGGCAGUGCCUAGGAGCAGUCUGAAGUCUAUCAUGAAAAAGAAAAAUAUUAACAGCCGCAUGGGAAGCAGUGAAGUUCAAGCUAAAAAGAAUCUCCAGUUUGUUGGGGUCAAUGGUGGUUAUGAAACUACUUCUAGUGAGGAUUCAAGCUCUUCUGAAGAGUUCUGUGGCACAGGAAAGAAUGAUGUUUCUGAUUCAGGAGAAGCUCAGGCUUCCAGUGCUGACAAGAUAGAAACUGUAUUAAUGCCAGUGUCAGAAGAGAAGGAAAUUGCCCAAGAAGAUCCUGAGCCAAUGGUACCUUCCCAACAAGUAACACAAAGAUGUACAGUGAGCGAUGCCUUUCGUAGUGAAUGCCAAAAACUGUCUAAACACCUUGCAGGACUUCAGGGAACUACAGACAACCAACUGAGACAAACAUUAUACACAGUCUGCCAAGAAUGGUUCAGAGUCUCCAGCCAGAAAACAUCCAGCUCUGAUCUUGUGACAGUUUAUCUGGAGGAAUUAAGGUCCAUCUGUCCCCAGCUAUUACAAAUGGUGGUCAAUAUGUCUGAUGAGAACGGGAAUACUGCCCUUCACUACAGUGUUUCACAUUCCAACUUCAGCAUUGUUAAACUCCUACUUAAAACAGGAGUGUGUGAAGUGGAUUAUCAGAACAAAGCAGGUUACACCCCAGUGAUGCUAACAGUACUGGCAUCUACAGAAACAGAUGAGGAUAUGGAAGUGGUUCUUACCCUUCUAACUGAAGGAAAUGUUAACCUGUGUGCAACCCAGGGAAGACAAACUUCUCUGAUGCUGGCAGUCAGCCACGGGAGGUUGGACAUGGUAACAGUCUUGCUAAACUGUGGAGCAGAUGUAAAUCUGCAAGAUGAAGAUGGGGAAACUGCUUUGAUGAUGGCCUGCCGGCUUGGCAAUAUGGAUCUUGUGAAACUCCUAUUAGCUCAACCAGGAUGUGACACAGAACUAAGUGACAAGGUUGGCAAUACUGCCUUGUCUAUUGUUCUUAAUUCUGCCCACAGCGAGAUUGCAGAAUUUCUACAAGCCCACACAGAGCACAGACGCUCCCGUUCCGCCGCUGAAAUGGAAAAAGGAGCUCCAUUGUAAGCAAGCAUUGGGAACAAAGCCCUAUUAUUUAGGGGUUCAGAUCUCACUGUAGGACUUUGCGAGUUCUGAGCGUACAGUAGAUAUUAUCCAUCUCUCCAUUGUCUCCACUUCGAGAAACAAUUUGGAAUAUGUGUAUAUUUACAAGAAUAUCUAUUGCAUACUUAACAUGUCAUCAUAUAAUAUGCAAAUAUAUUUUUUUCAGCAAAGGUCACAAAACAUGGGCUUCUUUGGGAACAUUACUGCAAUAUAACUCAUAGUAGCACAAGAAAAGCAUUUAUGCAAUUACUCCUUUAAUUGCCAAGACUUUAUGUUACAUUCAACAUUCAGUUUGUAUUAUAUGUGUACAAAUCCACUGCAGGGGAAGAUGUAACUGCUUUUCAUUAUAAGCACAAUGAAGAAGGUAUUCUACACAACAGGCAAGCACACAUAGGCAGUUACCAUCAUAUUACGGUUACCAGAUCACGGUCAAGAUUUGGACCUCUUUUAGAAGAUCCCCUGGAAGAAAGCACUAAUUGUAAAACAAUUGUAUCCAAAUAAAUUUCAAUUAGUGCAGCAACUUGCAUUUAUUAGAAGUGUCAAAUAGUUUUCAAUGAUCUGGGAAAUGGAUUAUAUAAAAAAUGGGAAAAACCUUCUCUCCUAUUUUAAUACAGUCUCUAUCACAAAAAGCUUAACAGUUACUUUUGUUUUUUAAGCACUUAACACUCUUAAACCCUCCCUUAUCUGCCCCGAACUAAUGUUUUUAGAUUUCCCAGUAACACAUUUUAGCUAAAGGGGUCAAUGCCUGCAUUUUCUUAAAAUUAGACCAUAUUUUACAGUCAGUAUUGUUUUAAAAAGCUUCCUGGCACUCACCUAAUCUAACACCUUGCCUGCCCCAAGUACCCAUUACUUUCCUAUUAGGGAAUCAUACAACCUGUUCAGCCAUGGCUGCUGUAGCAGUGAGAUGUUACUCAGGGUUGGACAAAGACCUUGGGGCUGUACUGCUUAGGUGGGUACUGAAUACCCACCUGUAGACAGCAGUGAGGAUUUUCACACAAUUACCCUAUUUUAUUGACCUGCUUGUGCUAAUCCCAGUUCUUUCCCAAGGAAGGGUACUUGUGGGUGUUUUGGCACAGACAACAUAAAGCCCCACAUGCUAUUGCUCUUAAGCACAUUAA